GUUUCCGGUGUUAACGGGAGGUCAGUUUAUUAUUUAACUGAAGGUUUGUCCUCGGUCACUUCCUGUAGUUUUAUAACAAUGAACUUACGCAAGUUUAAAUGAAUCAUUGUGAGGAGAGCUGCAGCGGAUCAGCUGCGUCUGUGACCGGUGAGAUGUCUCAGGUGCGGCGUGCGGUGAGCGAGGCCUUGUGGGCAAUGUGUGCGGCGGACUCCGCCUCCAUGCCGGUCCACUGGUACUACGACAUCCACGACAUCCGCAGGGACUUCGGAGGCUGGAUAUCAGGGUUCAACUCACCCAGAGACAGACACCCGUCCAGCAUCCUCAGCCUCUCCAACACCGCCGGCAGCGGUCGGACUGCCUGGUCGUCUGGUGCGAAGCGGCCUGACGUGGUCGGGAACGUCAUCCUCCACGAUAAACUGAACCUGUGGAAGUCGUCCAGAGGCUCGGUCCACUAUCACCAAGGUCUUCAGGCCGGUGAUAACACCCUGAACGUCCUCUGUUCCCUACGAGCGGCUCGGUCGCUCAUCAGCGGAGGUUUCACCGACGUUUCUCAGCCGGACGCUCGGGCCGCCGUCCUGUCCGACUACGUCCAGUUCCUGACGACGCCCGGCACCCACAAUGACACCUACGCCGAGUCCUCGCACCGCUCGUUCUUCGCCGACUGGCAAGAGAGCAAGCCGACCUCACCCCAGCAGAUCCUGAUGUUUGCAGAGAAACGCUCCAAACACAAGCUGAGCUCCCCGUUCCCUGACGGCCAGCUGGACGCCAUCGGCUGCCUCCCCAUGAUCCUCCCCUUCAUCCUGCUGUCGGCCUCGGCCAACGAGGAGCAGGCUGUCUCAGCAGCCGUAGAGUUCGUGAAGCUCACCCAUCCUCACCCCAAGGUGCCUGAGUACGUGUCGAUCUACAGCCGGGCGCUGCACGCUGCGCUGGGCGGGGCCAGUGUUCGUCAGCAGGCCGAACACGCCCUGAGGAAACUGGACGCCUGGGACACCUGCCAGAGCUACAGCCGCAAGGCCGCCAGGUUUCCUGAGUCCUCUGAGGAACGACUGAAGGUCCAUCAGAGCGCUGUGAACUACCUCGGUCUGGCCUGCUACACCAAAGGUGCUCUGUCCAGCCUGUUCUACCUCGCUCAUGAGUUUCACGACGACCCCAGAGGAGGAAUCCUAGCAAACACCAACUGUGGAGGUGAGAACUGUAACCGCGGGGCAGCGCUGGGAGCCCUGCUGGGGGCGGGGGGGUCAUACAUCGGAGCCGCCGUCCCUCAGGAGUGGAAAGACGAACUGAGAGACGCCCAGGACUUUAUCCCCGUCAUCCUGAAGGAGAUGGAGUGAGAGCAGCGCCGCCCCCUGGAGGAGAGGGGAGGAACUGCAGCACUGAAGAAUAAAUAAAAACAAAUGCAGCUGUAAAACUUAAACUAAACCUGUUUGUCUUCCUGUUUACAAAUGCAAUAAUGACAUUUUACCCUUUUUAUUCCAAUUCUCUUAUUUAAUUUUUUAUUUAUCUUGUUUUUUUUUCAUUAAGUUUUAUUGUCACAUUUUUUGUUUUGUGGUUUGAAUUAUGGAAUAAAAUCACUCCUAAAAAGUAGAUUAUUAGUGGGAAAACUUAAAAUCUUCCUUCAGCUUUAAAAAGAUCAAAAGAUCAAAACUAUGAAAUUUAGUUAGAAUUUCUUAUCUAACACUAUAAAUGAACAAAUCAACAUGUAAAUGAAAAAUAAAAUCUGUGUCAAGAAUCUGAA